AUCGUUCAGGCACCGUAUGGAAAAGUCUGGAAGUUUCCACGCUGUUUAUAAAGAAAACGUGGAGCCCUUACUGCUUAGUUUGGACGUGUCACCAUACCGAGCCUUAUAGGAAGUUGCUGCUCAGAUAUCUUAACGCUUGUUCUUCACAGGCCGCUGGACGGUCAAAAUGGGCAAGGACUACUACGACAUUUUGGGAAUUAAGAAAGGAGCGUCGGAGGACGACAUAAAGAAAGCUUAUCGUAAGCAGGCGCUGCGCUACCAUCCCGACAAGAACAAGUCGCCAGGAGCCGAGGACAAAUUCAAAGAAAUCGCCGAGGCUUACGACGUUUUGAGCGACCCUAAGAAAAAAGAUAUCUACGAUCGUUUCGGUGAAGAAGGGCUUAAAGGAGGUGGUGGCCCCACUGGUAACAGUGGUCCCGGGACCUACAGCUACACCUUCCAGGGCGACCCUCAUGCCAUCUUUGCUGAAUUCUUCGGUGGCUGCAACCCCUUUGAGCAGUUUUUUGGUGCUCGCAAUGGAGGUAUGACCGAGGACAUGGACACUGAUGACCCAUUUUCUCGAUUCGGGAUGGGCAGAGGUGGAAUGGGCGGUUUCUCGCGCUCCUUCAACCCGAACAUGGGAGGUCCGGGCAUGAGUGGAAUGGCUGGUCACACAAGUGUCGUGAAGAAGCAGCAGGACCCAGCGGUGGUUCGUGAUCUCAAAGUGUCGUUGGAGGAAGUGUUGACGGGCUGCACAAAGAAAAUGAAGAUUUCUCGCAAAAGACUGAACCCCGAUGGACGAUCAACACGGUCAGAGGAGAAGAUCCUAGAGGUUCAGAUAAGGAAGGGGUGGAAAGAAGGAACCAAAAUCACGUUCGCUAAAGAAGGGGACGAGACUUCAAGAAACAUUCCAGCAGAUAUUGUGUUUGUGUUGAAGGACAAACCACACCCUGUGUUCAAACGGGAAGGCUCAGAUAUUGUUUACACCGCCAAGGUCCCGCUCCGAGAUGCCUUAUGUGGUUGUACAGUACACGCACCAACACUGGAUGGCAGAACGGUGACGGUGUCGUCGACGGAUAUUGUGCACCCAGGGAUGAAGCGGCGAGUGAGCGGGGAGGGGCUGCCUUAUCCCAAAAGACCUGACCGCCGAGGCGACCUGAUAGUGGACUUUGAGGUGAAGUUCCCAGAACGUCUCAGUCAGAGUGCUCGAGACACCAUCGCUCAGGUUCUUCCACGGUCCUAAAGAGGAGCAGACCUGCAGGACUUUCACAAAGCUGCCAUGUUUUUUUACACAGUAAUAUUCAUACAGAAGCUUGGUCCUCAACAGUGUAGGUUUUUUUUUAUUGUUUUUCAAUGACUGCAGUAUUUCAGAAGUUCUGGUACAAACGUGACCAAUGCUGUGGGGUGUUUUGUGUAUUGGGAUUAUUUUUUUUGAGGGGGUGAACACAUUUGAACAAUACAUGAACACAACUGAACAAUAUGCAACAACAGCUGUACGAUAUUUACAAGUUUGUGCUGCCCUUCUAUAAGACGUUCUUUAUAAUAAAUAAAAGGAGCAAGAAAUAGUUUUUGUAUGAAUUUCAACACAGCUUUGCAGUGGAUUGUUUACAUAGUUUGAAUGAGAUGUGUGUUCUGGAGGACGUUCAGUUCAACUUGUGUGACACGGAGAGAAAAUGCUGCGUGAUAUUUGUGUGAAAUGUUUCAGUUGAUGACCGGUAUGUGUUGCUUGAUUUUGAGAAAACAAUAAAAACGGAAAUGGGAUCUGUCUAUA